AUGGCAGGAAUUGCUCAGAAAUUCCCUGGGGCUGUAUUUCUUUUUCUCGUAAUUAUAUUUUCAAAUUUGGUGGCUUCAGAAUCGUUAGGAUUCAGCCUCAGGGUUAUCCCGGCGGACUCCCAAGAGUCCCCUAUUUAUCGUCACAAUCUGACACACUUGGAAAGAAUGGAAAAACUCUCUGAUAUCUCCAUGGCUAGACACCAAGUAUUGACCUUGCGUUCUUCUCAUAAGAAAUCAUCAUCCUGGGAUGAUGGAAAAUUCGUAGAGCCUCUAGAACGUCAGGCUUACUACUAUGUUGCCGAGAUGAAAAUAGGAACGCCAUUCCAGAGAGUCUAUCUGGUCGUCGACACUUCUGCCGGACUAGUUUGGACACAAUGUGAGCCUUGCGAUCAAGGUUCGGGGUGCUAUCCUCAACAAACGCCCUAUUUUGAACCAAAUAGCUCCACCAGUUACUCCAGGCUUCACUGUAACGACCCCCUUUGUCCCCUGCGAAAGGGUCAAGACCCCAAGUUCUUCCAUUGCGUUAGUGGCAAUUGCUCAUACACAUAUUACUACGGUUUCGAGGGCCCAUCAAUGGGCAUCCUCUCCACGGAUUCAUGCAAUUUUAUCAAUGACACUGCGGGUUACAACAGAAUUGAUCUUGCAAUCGUCUUCGGCUGCUCUACUUACGUCAGGAAUUUGGACCAUAUAUUUCUUGAAGAGGGAAAUAAACUUUCCGGGAUCCUGGGAUUAAACUUAUCUCCACUCUCAUUAUACAAGCAAUUGUAUGACAAAAUCCAGGGCAAAUUCUCUUACUGUGUUGUCCCUUUUGAAGAAAAUUUUCCAUUCUUUAUCCACGCUCACACCCUCAGAUUCGGAGACCAAGUUGUUUUACCUCCAAGCAGUGAAGUUUCCUCAACUUACUACACUAUAGUAAAGGGUGAUGAUCUCUUCUACCUAGAUCUUGUGGACAUCAGCAUUGCAGGUCUCAGUCUGGGGCUGCCGGCGGGCACUUUCGAUGCGAAACGAGGCAGUGGGAUGAUCCUGGACUCGUCAACUCCAGUGAGUGUGAUCAGCACAAGAACUUGGAACAACCUCAAUGUUUACGAGUUGGUGAUGUUGGCACUGAUGGGGCACUACGACGGUGAUAAUCUUGUGCGAGUUCCGAAAAAAUCGAGGCCUGAAAAGUAUGAACUUUGCUAUUUUAAUCGUCCAGGAUUCACCAAUUGGGCAACGAUGACGUACCAUUUCCGGGGAGCGGACUACUUUGUGGAUGCCAAAUUCAUGAAUGUUCAUUACGCGCAAGGGAAUUUCUUCUGCAUUGCGUUGAUCGGAAGAGAUGGGGCGUCUGUUCUUGGAGCCUUUCACAUGCAGGACAUGCGAAUUGUUCAUGAAGGCUAUAGCAAAUCCAUCCAUUUUUACCCUGUUAAUUGUAGUCACGAUCAUUUUUAG